UGACUUUACCUGGCAAUAGUUUUGAUCAUAUAAGGGACGUACGUUUAUGCAUGUCUUUGUUAUAAUAUUACUUUUUAGUGGAAACAUUAUUUGUUGUCACCGAAAAGUUGCUUAAUAUGUAUCUAAUAUCGUGUUAGUUGCUAUGGACACGUUAGGAUUAGGACGAGUGAAAUGCGUUGGCUGUCACCAAGAUUUACAAAAUUCCAUCUGACGGAAACUGUUCAAUUAUGCUGAUAUUACGAGAUAUAUCUGCAUGUGUUUUGCUUGUCCUCAUGUACAUCGAUGUUCAUAAAGUUGAGACGAGAAGCGUAAGAAAUAAGAGAGCUAUUUGGAACCUUGCAUAUCAAUUAACUUAUUAUUUCGGAGCGUUCCAAGCUACUGCAUUUCUAGACUAUGGAUGUUUUUGUGGAUGGUAUGGUAGUGGUAGACCAGUUGACGGUUUAGAUCAGUGUUGUAAAGACCACGAUGAUUGCUAUGGUCGUGUGACCGAAUGCUGGCCUAAAGUUUGGCCAUACUCAUAUGAACUUCAAAACAGAACAGUCAACUGUCAAAAUCGUCCAAGUUCCUGUAAGGGGAGAAUAUGUAUAUGUGACAAAGUUUUUGUGAACUGUCUGCACAACAACACGUAUAAUCCGAAUAAUCAUGAUGUAGACCAAGAUAUACAUUGUCAGGGGAGAUAACAAAUUUGAAACUUAUUUAUCUUUGUUUAUUUGCGUAUCUAAGUAUUUUCACACUGCAUUGAA